AUGGAAGUUGAUUCCUUGGCUUCGCUACAAGCCGACGCUCAGCAAUGCCAAGCUGAGCUCGACGAGCUAAUCGCGGAAGUUGCGAGUUUACGUCGAGGCGAGAUCCCAGAAUCACACGUCCCCGAAGAAUUGACGGAGCUCCGGUCCAAAAAUGCUGAGUUGCGCUACCACAUCAAUUUCCUGAAGAAGAGUAUAGCUCGCGAAGGCGGGGAAUGCGCACCCAUGCAAGAAAACGGAAACACUUCGAAGUGUGCCUUGACUCUGUUGAGUGAAAUAUUUUCCAAGGCUUUCAAUGCGGCUUUCCCCGAAGCCUCCGGCCAAGUUCAGGUUGGCGUGACGCCUUCAACAAAUGAGAAAUUCGGAGACUACCAAUGCAACGUCGCAAUGCCGGCAACUAAGUAUUUCAAGAAAGUCGGAAAGAAUAUAUCCUCCGUCGAAAUCGCGGAACGGGUAGUCGAGAAACUAGUUCCUGGAUCCUUGAUUGGCUCAACUUCUAUCGCUGGUCCCGGAUUCAUCAACAUAAAGCUGAAUCUGGACUUCGUGCGGGAUGCGACUCUCUGCAUUCUCAAGAACGGAGUCAGCCCGCCGCGAGUCGAUCGAAAACUGAGGGUCGUCGUGGAUUUCUCAUCUCCGAACAUCGCCAAGCAGAUGCACGUCGGUCAUUUGCGGUCGACGAUCAUCGGUGAGAGCAUCAGCCGCUUGCUCGAGUUUGUUGGGCAUGACGUGCUCCGAUUGAACCAUAUUGGAGACUGGGGCACCCAAUUCGGCAUGCUCAUCGCUCAUCUGAUGGACAAAUUCCCCGACUACAAGGAGAACGUCCCGCCGGUCGCCGACCUGCAAGAGUUCUACAAGGAAUCCAAGAUGAGGUUCGAUAGCGACCCGGCAUUCAAAAGCAGAGCCUAUGAAGCCGUCGUGCGUCUUCAGUCGAAAGAAAAAGACAUAGUUAAGGCCUGGCAGCUCAUCUGCGACGUCAGUCGCAAAGAGAUGCAGAGCGUCUAUGACCGACUGGACAUUACGUUGCUGGAGCGCGGCGAGAGCUUCUACAACGAACUGAUGAUCGAUGUCGUCAAGGAUCUCGACCGUCGAGGAUUGUUGUCUCUCGAAGAUGGUCGCAAAGUCAUGUACCCGCAGGAAGAGAACCUCGUCCCGAUGACUAUCGUCAAGAGCGACGGAGGUUUCACCUACGAUACCUCCGACAUGGCGUCGAUAAGGCAUCGAGUGGGCGUAGAGAAAGGCGACUGGUUGAUUUACGUCGUUGAUUCCGGUCAGUCCUCUCAUUUCAAACAGCUCUUCAAAUGUGCACAGAUUGCCGGCUACGUCGACGAAAAGACAAGGCUGAGCUUCGUGGGAUUCGGACUAGUUUUGGGAGAAGACCGGAAGAAACUGAAGACACGAUCGGGCGAGACCGUGAAACUCAACGAUCUCUUGGAUGAGGGUCUACAGAGGUGCAGAGAAAAGUUAUUAGCGAAAGGUAGGGACAAGGAACUUACACCGGAGGAGCUCAAGAGAGCUCAGGAAGCCGUGGCUUACGGGUGCAUCAAGUUCGCUGACUUGGUAAACUCUCGCACGAACGACUACAUCUGUUCCUUCGAUAGGAUGCUCGAUGAUCGCGGUAAAACCGCAGCGUAUCUCCUGUACUCCCUGACGAGGAUUCGUUCCAUUGCUCGUCAAGCCGGGGUCGACACGGCGGAGCUGAGAAAGUCCAUCACGAAGCUCGACUUGGACCAUCCGAAGGAGAUUAAACUGGCGAAACAGCUCCUGAAGUACCCCGAAAUCCUGCUGACGAUACUGGAAGAUCUCUACAUCCAUCCGUUAUGCGACUAUUUGUAUGAUCUGAGCUCAACAUUCUCCGAGUUCUACGACAACUGCUACUGCAUAGUCAAGAACAGAACUACCGGAGAGAUCGAGUCUGUCAAUAUGUCCCGUCUCGCUCUGUGCGAGGCGACGGCUCAAGUCAUGGAGAUGUGCUUCAAGAUUCUCGGCAUAAGGACCGUCGACAGGAUGUGAUUCUUUAGCUCCCUGGCCUGGCUCGAAGGCAUACCACCGUGCUGUCGAUUGGGGUUGAUUUCAGGAACGAUCAAUCCUUCUCCAUGCGACCUGUGAUGCUCGUAGCGCUGUUCUCAU